AUGGAGCCGAGAGGCCUCUAUUCUCCGAAUGUCCCCGACUAUGAGUCGCGAACCCAAAUUAAUCCGACAUUGUUGAUGAGCUGGUGGGCAACGGGCUUCUCGCUAGCUAUCAUCGUUGUCCGACUAUGUGGUCGCUACGUUCGUCUCGAGCGCUUCUUUCCUGAGGACAAGAUGAUGGUGCUCAGUAUAAUUCCACUGUCCAUUCGCAUGGUCUUGGUGCAUUUCGUCUUGAUCUACGGUACCAACAAUGUUAAAACGGACGGGUUAACGGCCGAGGAGAUAUCCAAGAGAGAGAUCGGCAGCAAGCUGGUGUUGGUGGCUCGGAUAUUUUACGCCAUCUUUAUUUGGAUGGCCAAAUUAACCGUCUGUGAAUUCUUUAAACGAGUCACCGGUAUGGUCUGGCGCCGCUCCGUUGCCAUCUUCCUCCGCCUCAUCCAGUUCUUCCUCAUAUCUACACUGGUCGCCGUGGUCAUCGCGACUCUGGCCGAAUGUCAGCCGUUCUCCCACUACUGGCAGGUAGUUCCUGACCCCGGAACUAGCUGUCGCUCUGGGUACGCCAACCUCAUUACAAUGGGCACCUGCGAUGUCAUCACCGAUCUCCUCCUCGUUGCCUUCCCAGUUCCGAUAAUCCUCAUGGCCCAAAUACCAAUGAAGCGCAAGCUCGGUCUCGUCGUCCUCUUCUGCCUCUCUCUAUUCUUGGUCGCCAUCACCUGUUAUCGAGUCCCCAAUGUAAUCAAACACGACGGAGCCCAACCCUACCGCUCUCUCAUCGCAUCUCUCGAAAUACUAGCCGCAACAGCGGUCUCGAACGCCGUCGUGAUCGGCUCAUUUGUACGCGACCGCGGUGUCAAGAAACUGAAGUAUAAACGCACUCAGGGCUCUGCAUCCGUCAGCGAAAGCAUGGACACUAGUUGUAUGCGCCGCAACACCGUCAUGCAGCACCAGUGGGGCAGCGACUCAGAUCUAGCUGCAGGCGUGGGUAUCCGCUUAGAUCCCAAGCUCCAUUCGUCCGUGACAUCGGUUGUGCCUCCCAUGGCAGCCCAUACUACUCCCCUCGCCGUGGCACGGACAGGAUCUAUAGACCCGGCAUGGUCAUUCCACCAGAGCCGCUCUUCCGACGACCGGAUAUCUGCAGAUGACAGCUUCGACAUAAAAGUCAGCCCCCACGAAUACAUUAUGACAAACCAGCCUCACGAGGCCCCUGCAACCCCGGCAUCUUUAUCCCGCCGGGUAUCCUUCUUUGAUGUGGGCGGGUUGUUGGCACAGGACCAGUCACAGUCCCAUACCAACACAUCGCGUUCGAAUACCACCUCCCCGCCCGCUAACACCGAGAGUCAACGGUUCCGUCGUGGAAGCAGAGCUUUCUUCGAGGAUCUUGGUGUUUUCUCACCCCGUUCUCCUACCUCUACCCCGUCACGCCAUAUAUCAUCUGCGGCGUCGGGUGAUGCUCAGUCUCCUCAUACUCUUCCUAUAUACCGAGCUUCGUCCGACGUCUCAAACAAUGUGCCCGUCGACGUGGACGUCGAGUUACAAGACGUUGGAGGGCUUUUAUCAUCAAGACAUAAUUUGAGCGUCUGA